GGGCAAAUUCUGGGACGACAAUUUCGGCGAUCGACUGCUGAAUCCUGAGGAUCUUCGUCGACAAGACCCGAGUUUGGUUCGCGUCUCGGUGGACUCCGGAAGGCUUGGGUUUUUUCUCUCAUCAAGGUUUUAUGAGCUGCAUUUUGGUGUUGUCUUAAAGUUUGGACGCCAAAAUGUCGUCUUGCCGGCAGUUCUCACGGAUCGAUACCGCUGAGCUCAAGUCUCAGCUAUUCAAGAAGCUUGGGCGCCAAAAAGCUGAGAGGUACUUCUAUAACCUCAAGAGAUUACUUAGCUUGAAACUCAGCAAGUUGGCGUUCGAGAAGUUGUGCUAUGGGAUUAUUGGGAAGGAAAAUCUUGCCCUUCAUAAUUUGUUCAUCAGAUCGAUCCUUAGCAAUGCUUGUCUCGCACUUGCACCACCUAGCAGAGAAACGAUCACGGGAAAUUCGCGGACAUCUAAAAUGUCAAGCUUUGGUGAAACCUUCCCGACAUCACCCAGGAGGGGAAGGUCGAUAAACAGCAGGGACAGGAGAUUAGGUGACCGAGCAAGCCUCCUAGGGCCUUAUGGGAAGAUUCCUCCCGGACAUGUUCAAGAAGUCACAAAUUCUUGUGAUCUACAAAGGUCGAGAGAGCAGCAAAGUGCUCCGGAGUUGAUAUCCAUUGGUAGCAAAGCUCUAGCAUCUGUGGAAGAUGGGGAAGAGGUUGAACAAUUUAGACAUAGCCCGAGUGUUCAAAGUAGAAGUCCUCUAAGGCCUCCUCUAGGCAUUCCGAUGGCUGCUGGUGAUCUUCCACGCAAAUCAUAUCGUAGUGGAUUUGCUUCAAGCUUUCGACAUGUCCAGUCAAACAUGAUUGUUGGCUGUCAUCGCACUUCUCAACUGCCAGAUACGAGGACUUUGAUGGGUUGGUUGGAGCGUAAGUUGGAGGCUGAGGGCUUUGGUUUGUCAAUUGACUGUGCAAAUGUCUUAAAUCAUGGACUAGAUGCACUUUUGAGGAGGUUGAUAAAACCCUGUAUGGAUUUAGCUAGAGCAAGGCACAGUUCAAUUAGGGUGACUCGAGCAAAUGGAAGUAUUUUUCCAAAUACGAAAGGUUUAUGGCAACUGGAUCAAGUGCAAACCUCAAAUGAGUCCUCCCAUGCUUCUUUACUUGAUUUUCGGCUGGCCAUGGAAUCCAAUCCUGAAUUACUUGGUGGUGAUUGGCCUCAACAGCUUGAGAAAAUAUGUUUGCAUUUAUCGGAUUAAUGAAAUAUGACCUGUGCAUGGUUCAGUCCCUUUGUUGUUGUGAUUUCAUGGUCAUUCCAAAUUAAAAGUUCCUGUGCCUCUUGGAGCUUUCAAUACUGUUGAAGUAAGAAUAUGCAACUAUUGUUCUUCUAAGAAUCUAGAACGGAAAGAGAAUAUUUCAGUUUCAGGACACCGUGAACUUACACAUCAAACAUCAUGCCAACAUUUGUCACAGAGGACAAAGAGAUACACUUUCCCCUUGAUAGGUUCGAUCAUUCUAAAGCUGUUGAUUUCUUGUGAUGGAUCUACAUCCUAGUUAUUAGUUGUAAAAAUUUUCCAAUUUGUAACUAUUCAUUUUAAAGAAAUAAAGUUCAGACAUUUCUGAA